CUCGCCCUUGCGCCGGGGGUUGAAUAGUCCUGCGCAAGAAUCGGCAUAACUCAGUACUACUUCCAUAGAGGCGAAUAUCAUGUCACAGAGUGUAAUGCUUCACGCCCUUCUGAACCUCGUUUUCACGACGAACUUCACCCAAGACACAACGUUCCCGCCAGAAACCGUGGGAGAUUGCCACGGCGUCCUCGGCUGCUUUCCCGCGGGCGUCCCUCCGUGGGUGGGGCCAGAACGCCCAGUCUCGCUGCCGCCCUUGCCGCCCUCACAGAUCACGCCUACGUUCUGCUUACACACGCCCGCGCGACCAGACUGUCAUGUGAUGGAGGCCGAUGACUUUGUGGGGAUCUACAGCUCCGGCCUCGAUGCCUCUGCGCCGCUCUAUGUCCUCACGCACGGCUACCUGGAAUCAGCCCGACUCAAAUGGAUGCAGAAGAUGGUGACGUCGCUUCUGAGGUCCUCCCCCAAAGUGGGCGUGGUUACCGUCGACUGGGCGAAGGCAGCCCCUCCCCCUUACGCCCAAGCAGUGGCCAACAUCAGACUGGUGGGCGCUGCGACAGGCUACCUGCUCCACGUCCUGGCGGAGUUUUGUGACGUCAACCUGAGGUCAGUGCACCUGAUUGGCCAUAGCCUGGGUUCUCACCUCAUGGGCUACGCAGGCCAAUAUGUCCAGACCGUCCGAGAUGAGAAGGUCGGGCGCAUCACGGGCCUGGACCCCGCCGGCCCCUACUUCACCAACACGCCGCCAGAGGUCCGACUCGACCCGAGCGACGCCGUCUUCGUGGACGUGAUUCACACCGACAUGCCGAGCGAGGGAUGGGAAAUUAGCAAGCUGGGCCAUCCAGCGCCGCUCGGCCACGUGGACUUCUACCCCAACGGCGGCUCGGUCCAAGCAGGGUGCCAGGGGUCCGUCCACAGCCACAUAGGAAACAACGCGAGCGUGGCCGAGGGGGUGCUCUCCUAUAUAGGCUGCAACCACCAGAGAUCUCACGAGUACUUCACUGAGUCCGUUAAUUCUAGGUGUGGCUUCAUAGGCGUCGUGUGUGAAUCCUGGGAGGCGUACCUUAACGGCUCCUGCUGGGGCUGUACGGAGGACCAGAAGGAGAAGAAAGGGCGAUGCCUAACCAUGGGCCUCUCUGCCACGCCCUUGGCACUUUCGCCUCAGCCUGGGACGCCUCGUGCUGGCACUCCUCAGCCAGCCGACGAGGAAAUCAGUGACAGCAUCAGUGACACGAGGAACCCCAAUAGCACGCAGGGAGAGAGCAGAGCCAAUGACUCCGCAAUGACUCACGCGACGGAAGUGCCAACGACAGUGUCAGGAUUCCCGGUGAAGGUGUUCCUUGGCACCGCCAGUCAGAAGCCUUUUUGUGCUGAGCAGUAUCGCAUAACAGUGAUUACGUCAUCGGCCAGCACCAAGGUCAGCUCCGAUGGUGACCUCGCACGCUUCACCGUCGGACUGCAUGGCCAGAGGGGUGUACAUCCCCUCCCCGCGCCGGAGAGCCCCACCUUCGUGGAAGCCGGCGCCCGCCUCUCCUGGGUAAGCUUCUCCCCGCCCGUCGGCCGCAUCCUGAGUCUGCGCGUUUUCUAUGAGGAAGAAAACGGAGUGCUGCACUCGCUCAUCUGGAGGUUCAGCAAACCGCACCUCUACGUGGAGGCGUUCACGGUCGAGGAGCUGUCGACGGGAGCAGUAACGCGAUUCCCUUUCUGCGGCGAGAAGAUGGAGGCCGGGCGCUCCCACACCCUCUACCCCGACCUCCAGUGCCCUCCAGCUUCGCCUGCUCCGGAAGAGGAGGCAGACAUAUAGGGCGAAUCGCCAUCACAAUCACCAAAUCUCUCUCUCUCUCUCUACACACACACACAAACACAAAUAUAUACAUAUAUAUAUAUAUAUAUAUAUAUAUAUAUAUAU